AGGCGUCAAAUUAAGCUUACCCCACAUGUUUUACCACAUGUAUUGCUUUGCCCACCGCAGGAUUAUGCGAGCGUUGGAAAAAAAAUUGUCAUCCGGCACUAUCUCCGACUGGUACAGCUACUGCAGGGAAGCGGUAGUUAUAUUUCAGUUAGACCACCAAGAAGUCAAAGGAAAGAUUGGUGGUCUAGGUAAGGAAGUGCAGAUUGACGAAAAUAAAUUCGGGAAACGCAAAUACAACAAAGCAAGACGCGUAGAAGGGCAUUGGGUUCUGGUAAUGAUAGAGGAUGGUAGUGAGGACCUUAGACUGGAGGUAUGCCCUGACAAUGUACGUUCCGUUGAGAUCCUCAUCCCUCUUAUUCUGAAACCUGGCAAUCCAUUCAUCGCCGAGGAUGGCAUACACACCUAA